AUGAACCGUGCAACCUCUGGCCGAACAGCCUGUUCCGCGGUGGGCAACGCGGACUUUCCGUCCGUCUCCUACUCCAACAAGCUGCUGGAGCGGACAACCCUCCUGGUCAUGUUGGCCACAUGCGUCGAUGCUGUGUGGACCCUGGAGCAACCCAUAAGUUCCGUCCUGGAGUUCUAUCCCACAUGGCGGUACUUCCUGAACAAUCUGUGGGCUGUUGCUGGACCCUUUGCAGUCACCAAAGUUUCGUUUUGGAUGGCUCACUACAACUCCAAGUACCUGAAGCGCCAUUACGUAUUUGCAAACUCGACUGCAGCUUGCCUUUUGAACAAAGGCCGCCUACUGAUGUCCAGAAAACGACGACGCAGCACUACUACCAGACACUUCCAGGACAGGAAGGGCAAGCAGUGCUGGCAGGGAAAACUUGAUUUAAAGGACAGCGAGCCUCUCGUUCGAAUAAAGCCUUAUCGCACACUGCCCCCGAACCUGACACUAGAGGAGAGUCUUCUAAGAGGUUUCAAGGAGUACGAUAUAAUGGUAGGUGGCACCUUAUCUAAAGAAGCCUCGACCCGUUUUCGGUACCAGCCCAGGCAAUACCCUGUGAACUUUGCCAUCGAGUAUCUCCGCAUCUGUCAGCAGAUGAAGCAGAAGCGCAAGGGGUUUCCACCUGAGGAUGGAGUUGUUCCCGACGCUCUUACAAGUGUCGCUACACUUCCUUUAGGCCAAGAGGAUGUGGAUGAGUUUUUCACCUUUGCUGACCUCAACCAAGUUUACGUGUAUCUUAGAGGAUGUAGGAAGCUCAAGAUACCAGAUGUGUGGCGCAGCAUAGUGCCGCCAACCAUUAGUUUGCACUGA